ACGAUGACGUGGCUCCCGGGAGAGUCCGCGGAAAACGCGGGUGUCGGCGCGAAGAGCGGAAGCGAAGCCGGAUGUUACGCCCUGCGUGGCGCCGCGCGGAUGGUGACGUCUCGCGCCGGACGGAAACUGACGUCACCUUCGCGCAUCGCCGCUUCCGGUCCGCGUGAGUGUGGUUCUUGCGCCUGCAGAGGGUUCAGGGCUGGUGUUGCAGUGCUUUCGGUUGUGUUUUUCGCCAGCUGGCCUUCCUUCUCCGGGACCAUGGCCACCGAUUCGUGGGCCCUGGCAGUGGACGAGCAGGAAGCGGCUGUCAAGUCGAUGAGUAAUUUGCAGAUCAAGGAAGAGAAAGUCAAACCAGAUACCAAUGGUGUUAUCAAAACCAAUGCCACUCCAGAGAAAACAGAUGAAGAAGAGAAAGAGGACAGAGCCGCCCAGUCCUUACUCAACAAGCUGAUCAGAAGCAACCUUGUCGAUAACACCAACCAAGUGGAAGUCCUGCAGCGGGAUCCAAACUCCCCGCUCUACUCGGUGAAGUCCUUCGAGGAGCUUCGGCUGAAACCAGAGCUUCUGCAGGGAGUCUAUGCCAUGGGGUUCAAUCGACCAUCCAAGAUACAAGAGAAUGCGUUACCCAUGAUGCUUGCUGAGCCCCCACAGAACCUGAUUGCCCAGUCUCAGUCUGGUACUGGCAAAACAGCUGCCUUCGUCCUGGCCAUGCUCAGCCGAGUGGAACCAGCAGAGAGAUACCCCCAGUGUCUGUGCCUCUCCCCAACGUAUGAGCUGGCGCUUCAGACAGGAAAAGUGAUUGAGCAGAUGGGCAGAUUUCAUCCAGAACUAAAGCUUGCUUAUGCUGUUCGAGGCAAUAAAUUGGAAAGAGGUCAGAAGAUCAGUGAGCACAUUGUCAUUGGCACCCCUGGGACCGUUCUGGACUGGUGCUCCAAGCUCAAGUUCAUUGACCCCAAGAAGAUCAAGGUGUUUGUUCUGGAUGAGGCUGACGUGAUGAUAGCUACUCAGGGCCACCAAGAUCAGAGCAUCCGCAUCCAGAGGAUGCUUCCCAGGAACUGCCAGAUGCUGCUUUUCUCUGCCACCUUCGAAGACUCUGUCUGGAAAUUUGCCCAGAAAGUGGUCCCAGACCCAAACAUCAUCAAACUGAAGCGCGAGGAGGAGACCCUGGACACCAUCAAGCAGUAUUACGUCCUGUGCAAUAGCAGAGAUGAGAAGUUCCAGGCCUUGUGUAACAUCUACGGGGCCAUCACCAUCGCUCAAGCCAUGAUCUUCUGCCACACCCGCAAAACAGCUAGUUGGCUGGCGGCAGAGCUCUCAAAAGAAGGCCACCAGGUAGCUCUGCUGAGCGGUGAGAUGGUGGUGGAGCAGAGGGCUGCAGUGAUUGAGCGCUUCCGAGAGGGCAAAGAGAAGGUUCUGGUCACCACCAACGUGUGUGCCCGCGGUAUCGACGUGGAACAGGUGUCUGUCGUCAUCAACUUUGACCUUCCCGUGGACAAGGAUGGGAACCCGGACAACGAGACCUACCUGCACCGGAUCGGGCGCACCGGCCGCUUUGGCAAGAGGGGCCUGGCCGUGAACAUGGUGGACAGCAAGCACAGCAUGAACAUCCUGAACAGAAUCCAGGAGCAUUUCAAGAAGAAAAUAGAAAGACUGGACACAGAUGACUUGGACGAGAUUGAGAAAAUAGCCAACUGAGAAGCCCCUGCGGUCGCCGGGGCCGCCGCUGGUGCUCCCCCCGCGCGGGGCACUAGUGCUUUCACGGCACAGGCCUCGACAGCCAACACAGGGAUGAAGGCGCAAGCAGAGAGAAACUACCUACCUCAUUUUAAAUUACGUUUGGACUUGACAAAAAUUGCGCAAAUGAUGGGGGAAGGUAGAAGAAAAAAUUUGCAU